AUGGAUCCUAGAGCUCGCAAAUGUUUAUUUCUUGGAUUUAAACUAGGGACAAAAGGUUAUGUUUUAUUUGACCUUAAUACACGGGAUAUUUUUACUUCACGAAACGUUAUUUUCUAUGAGCAUAUAUUUCCUUAUCCUUCCAUUGAUUCUAUUAAUGUGCAUUGUAUUCCUAAUGAUGUCACUGAUUUUACUACACUUCUCUUUGAUGAUCCCAUUUAUAUUGUAGAUGAUAUUGGUCAUGUUUCUAAUAUACUUCCUAAUUCACAUUUUGAUAACCACACAUUUAUUAUUACUGAUUCUACUAACAGCCCUGCACCUACCUUACGAAGGUCCUCUAGACCAAGGCAAAAACCCGCUUAUUUGCAGGAUUUUCAGUGUAAUAUAGUUGUGGUUGAUUCUUCAUUCAAGGCUUUAUAUCCAAUUUCAUCUAUUUUGUCUUAUAACAAUUUAUCACCUACACAUUUUUCUUUAGUUUCUGCUAUUUCUUUUGUCCAAGAACCACACACUUAUAAGCAUGCGAUUAAACACCCUUUUUGGAUUCAAGCUAUGGAUUCUGAAAUUCAAGCUCUCACCCAAAAUAAUACUUGGAUUUUGACUCCUCUCCCUCAUGACAUAAGUUCUCCACACUGCAGAUUUGGACCUUUCACUAGUCUUAAGCCCACUAAUUCUAUCAUAGGACACUUCAAAUACUUCUUAGGACUUGAAGUAGCUCGUUCCAAGGCUGGCCUGCACAUAUCACAACACAAAUACACACUAGAUAUCUUACAUGAAGUUGGUCUUUGGGCUUCCAAACCAGCUUUUGUUCCUACGUAG